GGAAGUGGGGUGGGUGCUUUGGAUAUCCUCAGUUGGCUGGACACAGGGCAACGCUGCAGGCAGGAAGGAGGUUGGGCGCAGGGAGCCUGGAGCUAGGUCUUGUGGCUGCUGGUGAGUGCCUGGGGUGCGGACAGGGGUCGGGGAGGGUGGGGAACCCCUCCUCCUGCCAAGCACUGGUACUAGAAACUUGACUGGGAGUUAGACUGAGGUGUAAGUUACGAAGGGGGGAGAUCUGUUCUCCCCCAUCCCAUGAAAUAUCUGACGUCAAAGAGAAAUAGUUAUUUCUUAUUAGACCUUUUUUGGAUUUCCUGUCCUCUGUUUAUAGAAAUCAAAGAUUACAAAAUGCUGGCCCACAAACUGAACUUAGCCCGUGGAUGUGUUUUGUUUGGCCUGGGUCCAGUUUUAAAUAUUUUAAAAUUCAUUUUGAAUUUUUUUAGCAUCAACUUUGGACUUUGCAAGGUUUCUUUUUCUUCUUCUCCCCUACCCCCUUAAUCUGAAUUAUUUUCGAACAUUUAAAUGUUAGGAACACUUGCCUAAACAUCCAGAUUUCUGGCUUCUCUUGAGGAAGUGGAAGAGUGGACCACCCUGGGCCUGUGUAAUGGCAUAGCCUGAGCCCGCGCCCCUCUACCUGCUUUAGAGGUGCUCUCCAGGUGGCUGUACUCUCCAGGUAGCCCCUGCCCACCUGUCCUCCUAGAUCAUGUGUCACUGUUGGCCAGGCUCUGAAAGCACGGCUAUUUGCAACCCCAGGCCCAUUCAAUCAAAACUCAGCCUAACUUCGCAUCUACAAGGACCACCUGCUGUGUUCCCACUAGUGGGAUGAGCUUAAAUGGUAACAGAAAUGCCCCAGGUCAGGUGACUGGUGUCUCUGGGGAGGGUGAGAGCCCAGCCUUGUCAACUCAGUUGCCCAUUGUGGGUUAUUUCUCAUGUUUCCCGGAGCAGCUCAGUGAGUUCAAAGGGAGAGAGUUGGGGGCCAGAGUGGUGGAAAGACCACGGGCCAGGAGCCAGGAAACCUGGAUCUGGCUUUUGCUUGGCCGCUGGCUCCCACUGUGGCCUUGGGCGUGGCCUUCCUGUUUGGGCCUCAGUUUCCUCAUCUGUCACGGAUCAGGUUGGACUGUCUGACUGCCCAUGGGGCCAGGAAGGUGCCAUAGCGUGUGAAGUGCCCAGUCUAAAGGGGGUAGCUGCUGCUCCGCUCUAGCUGCUGGGUACCCUGCCUGAAGACAGGCCCAGUGCUGAAAUCUUGGAAUUUCAAGAGAAGCCAGACAUCUAGAUACUUAUGUGAAAUCUCUUGUUUCUUUUUAAUAUUCACAAUUAAUUAAAACUGAUAGAAACACUGCAAAAAAAAAAACAACAAGAAAAAAAAAAACCAUUGCCAUAGAGUAGAUUUCGACUCAUAGUGACCCUAUAGGACAGAGUAGAACUGCCCCACAGGGUUUCCAAGGAGUGGCUGGUGGAUUUGAACUGCCAACUUUUUGGUUAGCAGCUGAAUUCUUAACCACUGGGCCACCAGGGCUCCAGAAACACUGCAAGGACCCAGUGACAGACAUCCUCAGGCCUCCAGUUUGCAGCCUUGGCUGUAGGUAACUGCCAGGGUCCCCGCCAGCAGCAUCCUAUACAAGGACUUGCUCCUGGCCACAAGUUGUUGCUGGAGUUGGUCCUAGAUCCCCAGUUUUCAGGCCCAGGACUCUACAAGGAGUCCCUGACUUAAGGCAGGACUCCAUUCCAACGAUUCUGGUAUAAGUUGGUUCUGUCGAAUACAUCAUUUUUUUCCUAUUAUUAUUGCCUUUUAGUACCAGUAUCUUUAUAGAUCUGAUCUUUAACUUUUUGGGUUGGCAUGAAAAUAAUAACAGCAAAUUGUGCACUGCAACACUGAACGUAGUACAUAUUACUAACGAUAAGAUGUCAAAAACAACAGCAAAAAAAUGAUGGUUGUUAAGUGCGGUUCAUUGUAAUUCCAACACGUCGUAUGUAUGUCGGGGACUACCUGUAUUAUAAUUCAUGAGAACUGAUUACCUUCCUGUCCCCUCCCAGUCGGAGAUGCAGUGGGAUGUAGUAGAGAGACCUGAGUUCAGACCCGGCUCCAUCAGUUAUCAGCCAUGGGACAUUAGAGUUGUCACCUCUCUGCGCCUCACUGUCCUAACCUGUAAAAUGGCCACGAUGCUACCUGCAGCUAGUUAAAUAGUGCCCGCCCCAUCCAUGUUCCCCUCCCUCUCCUGUCCUGGGUGCAGCUGAUCUGCCUCUGGGCUUCUGUCCCAUUCCUGUUGCAGGAGCCAUGAGCACGGAGGGCCCCAGCCCCCUCGCCUUCCUCACAGCUCCAGCCACUCCAGGGACCCUCACGGAGGCGGCCUUCCCCCUCCCCGCCCUCAUUGCCCUGGCCUGCAUCUUCCUCCUGCUAGCCACCUGUCUGCUGUUCCUGACCCUCUGCAAGCCGGCUGCGCUGGACCCGAGCCGACGCGGGUCGCCUGAGCGCAUGCCCCACCACCCGGGGAGCCCCAGCGAGCCCCAGCUCCGCCUCUGGAAGCGCCUGGGGUCCCUGCGCCGCUCCCUGCACAGCUUCCGCCGGGGCCGGCCCGCUGCCCCACGACGCCCCCUGCCGGGCCGCGAAGGCAACAGCGACUGUGACUGCCUGGAAUCCACCAAGAUGUGAUGGGCGUCCGCCCCCUAGGCCCCAUAGAUCCUCCUGCCUCAGGCCGGAGCCUGGCACCGCAGGCCACAAGAGGGCAGCAGCCCAAGCUGCCUGGGCCACACCUCACCGUCAGUGGUUCCCUUUGGAUCCAAGCCUCUGCCCUUUCUCAGAGAGGGCUCCUGGAAGCAGUACUUUGCUCUCUGCAGACCCCUUAGCUGCUCCCUGCUGAAAGAACUCUUGGACCAAGAACUGAGCACCCGGAGCCACCUGGGAACUUGGCCUGAGGUUCAAGGGCUCAACUUAGGGCUCCCCAGGGCCCUGUCUGGCAACCAACCAUCUCCUGGGAGCAGCAUCCUUGCUUGCCCACCCUCCUGGGGCCAAGGCCCAGCUCCAAUUCCCAUGUGAGUUGCAGAAUGGCCAAAGGCUCCCUCGGGCCCUGUGAAAUGCUGAGUCCACACCAGGGACAAGGUACUGUCCUCACCUGUGCCAACUCAGUGCCCAAGGCAAAAGGGAACCCAGGGACUCCUUUCCUUGGACACCUAGAUCCUGCUGGCCAACUGCCUAGUGCUCUGUGGGAGUGGCUGGCACCGUAGGUGGAUCUUAGGAGCCCACGGCCCUGCAACUCCAGGGUGCAUGGGGUCAGUUCUUCCCAACAGCCCAGCUUGCAGAGAGGUCUGGGCAGAUCAUGGUGGGACUGAGUGUCUAAGCCACUGCUCCGGAGAGACGCCUGCUCCCUCUCUGGCAUAGUGGCACUCACGGCUAUGAAAGCAGGUGACCAUACGGGAGGGUGUCUACAAUGGACCAUACUCUGGCCUUGCUUGGGGAGGAGGGUGGGCCAUUCUUCAGCCAGAGGGAGGACGGACGUCCAAACAACCUGUAGCAAUCCAGGUUGGGGACCAGUGUGAUAAGGGACCUGAGUUAGCUUUAGCUGAAGGCAGGUGGGACUGGCACUGGGGUGGCCCCCAGCUAUGACAGGUCCUCUGAAUGGACAGGGCACGCGCUUUGGGCCCACCUUGAAUAUCCUGUACAAACCAAUGAUGCUGGUUCUGCUCAGAGUUUCUGGAGUGUCCAGACAAGUGACAGGUGGCCCUUCACUCACUGUCCCGCCAGUGCCCUCCGCACACACUCACUGCCCUGCCUGUCUCUCCAGACACUCUCCAGCUGGUCAGUACCCCAUUCUAAUGGCUUUCACCAGAUGGGGGCGCUCUGCUUGGAGCAGAAAAACCCUUGCAACAAGGGACCAACCCUCCUACCUCAGGUGGGGUGGGAAGGACGGCUUUCUAUCUGGUCACGUGGUUCCUCCAGCCCUGCUCUCAUCCCCAGCUCUUAGGUUAAAGCCUCAAAUCUUUAUCAAGGUCUGUAAGGCCCUGCACAGUCUGACCCUUGCCUCCAGCCCUCCUCUGGCCUCAUCUUUUGACCACUACGUUUCUCCUGCAUGUCCCAUUCUUUCCUACCCAAGCCCUUUGAACAUCUUGUUUUCUCCACCCACUCUCCGUCUCCCCACUUUGAGUGGAAAUCUCCUUCUCAUCCUUCAGGACUCAGUUUAAGUGUCACUUCCUCCAGGAAGCCUUCCUGGACCGCACCUGCCCACCUGCUGAACUCCCUUGAAGGAUGCUGUGGUUUUCUCACACCUGGCCCUCUUGGAACUCCUCGUUCAAAGACCAUUUCCCCCGAGAACUGUGAGCUUCCUGGGUCUUCUGUUCACUGCUGUAUCCUCAGGGCCUGGACCUCAUAGGUAUUUGUUGAAUGAAGGAAUAAAUGAGCCCUGAGAGAGGAAACAUCUCAGUCCUGAUG